AUGGGGUACAACACAUUUCUAGCCACCUGCGGCCCCGUCGCCGUCACCUCCGGCCCCGUCGCCGCCACCUGCGGCCCUGUCGCCGCCACCUGCGGCCCCGUCGCCGCCACCUACGGCCCCGUCGCCGCCUACUGCGGCCACGCAGCCGCCACCUGCGGCCCCGUCGCCGCCACGUGCGGCCCCGUCGCCGCCACAUGCGGCCCCGUCGCCGCCACCUGCGGCCCCGUCGCCGCCACCUGCGGCCCCGUCGCCGCCACCUGCGGCCCCGUCGCCGUCACCUGUGGCCCCGUCGCCCUCCCCUAG